AUGCCUGAAUUUUUAGAGCCACAGACAAAUGAGUCGCAAGCUAUCGGAGACUCCAUUGUUGUCCAACCCUAUUCCAUAGCUAACUUGCCACCUUUGGUUGUAGGAGGUGCUGUUUUCAACACACAGUAUUCGCUGAACCCCAGCAGUCUCCCUAUCCAGGAGAUUCUUGAAGAUGCUUUUGCCAAAGGGUUGAAUGCUAUCGAUACUUCGCCCUACUAUGGUCCAUCAGAGAUCCUCUUGGGAGAAGCUCUCAAGAAGAUUUCUUUCCCAAGACAAGAGUACUACAUAUGUACCAAAGCUGGAAGAGUUAAGCUUGACGAUUUUGACUACUCGCGUGAUAGUGUCCGUAAAUCUGUAGAGAGAUCGUUGGAGAGAUUGAACACAUCGUAUCUUGAUCUCGUGUAUAUGCACGAUAUCGAGUUUGUAAAAGAAGACGAAAUCUUUGAUGCGUUGAAAGAGUUGAAAUUGUUGAAAACCGAAGGUCUCAUCAAAAACUUCGGUAUUUCAGGGUAUCCUGUUCGUUUCUUGCAUAAGAUUGCGUCCCGGAGUGUAGGGAUUCCAGAGAUUGGACCUUUGGAUGCUGUUUUAUCAUAUUCUAACGGCUGUAUUCAAAACACAAGAUUAUUUGAAUUCUACGACCAGUUCUUUGACGACUGUAAGCUCAAGAAGUUGUCUAACGGAUCUAUUCUCAGUAUGUCUUUGUUGAGAUCGGACAUAACACAUUCGUUCCAUCCAGCAUCCAAGGAGCUCAAGGACAAGGUUUACGAUAUUGCUCACCUCUUGAAGAAGGAGUACAAUGGCUUGGAAUUGGCAGAUUUGGCUACACGUUUUGCUUUGAGAAAAUGGUUGUUUGAAACUGUACACCAGGCUGAUUCAAGCAAUCUUCAUUGGAAUCCUUCUACCUCGAUUGUGUUGGGAGUUUCUAAUGUUGAAGAGUUAGAUGUUGCCAUCAGAUGCUACUGGCAGGUGAAGAACAACAUUGACAAUAUCAACACCAAGGAUGAUAUUUUGUUUGAGAAGGUCAAGAACUUAUUGGGCCCAGAGCACUUUAACGAGGUUUGGCCAAGUGGUAUUGAUGGAAGGCAAUAG